AUGAACGAGAACCUGAAGAAGCGCCGGAGCAACAGCGGCGUGUGGCAAUCUCGGAACGCUCAGGUGCACCGCAUUAUGGAAGGCGCUUCCGAAAACGCAGGGAAGGAGAACGAUGGAGCCAAGGAUCCAGGUGCUGCUCGAGCGUCUCUGCCCUGGACCAUCGGUGCCGCUGGAAAACACGGGAGUAAAAGCACCGGGGGCGGGGCAGGCAAAUGUGAAGAUUUUGGAAAAGGAUCUUCAGCCCCAGCAACUGAUAUUUCUAGUGGGGAGGCAUUGUAUGGAAUGGCUGCUGAUACGCUCCAGAAGCCCUUUAGCAUAUCUGUCUCCAUGCAGACAGAUGCUAGUUGGCUUUAUGAUCACUCGUCCAAGAAAAAGCCCAAGAGGAAGCUGAAGGAUAAAAGCGCCCUUCUUGAGAAUGAUAUCUACGCUGUCUUGUCCCAAGAUCUCAGCAGUUUAGACGUUUUAUGCGACACGGAGUUUAAAGAGGAAUUCGUAAAGCUGUUUCAGGAAUCGCUGCAAACCCUCUCCAGUGUUGGGCCUCCAACGAUCCUAGCAUAUAGACAGGAAACAUCACGAGGAGACAUUCAGAUAGCGUUGGAGGAAGACUAUCCUGCAUACUGUGAGUUCUGUGGCAGCUUGUUGAGAACCUUUCCUUCAUUUGACAGUCUAGAAAAAAUAGCUGAAUUCGGAUCUAUUUUCUGUUGCCAGCGAUGCAGAGACCUACAGGAGUUCCUUGUGAAUGAAAAGAAACGCUGCGCAGAGAUGAGAGUGGAAAGGAUUGAUAUCACUCCCCAUAAAGCCCACGGGACUGAGGCCGAGAGGAAAUUAGCACGGGAAAGGGCCCGCCAAAGGAUGCGAGAGAGACAAGUGGCAAAACAGUUUUCCUACUUGGUAGCGCAACACGGAAAACAAAUCAGUCCGAUACAUUCCACUCCUGAGUAUAAUAAACAACUCAGAACUAUUUCAUACGUUCUGUCUCAAGAGCCUCCAUCUUCCGCGGGCUGGACUAAGAUUCCUUUAAUGCCAGAUGAACAAAGGAUAAGUGAAGAGAUCACCUACAGCAUCUCUUGCUGUGAUUUCACCAUUGCAGGCGGAAAGUUAUUGAAGAACCAGUUCUUGCAACAAUACUACAAAAGUGGUGUAAAGUUUCUUACUAUGUUUCCGGAUGGGACCGCACAAAUAUUCUAUCCCUCUGGGAAUCUGGCAGUUAUUGUUGUGCAAAAGAAGGAGAGUAGCGGUUAUAUUUGUAUUGUGCAAGAUGACAGGUCUGAGAAUGCAGGCAUCCAAGCGGUAUUUGAAUCUUCUGGGCAAGGGACUUGCUAUCAUCCCAAUGGAAUUAUAUGGAUAAAUAUUACAGUUCGAGGAGGACAUUAUUCAGACCAAGAUGGCAACAAAGUGAGAACAUGGAUCUGGCCAAACCACUUGCAGAAGUACACUCCCACUGUAUCGUUUAAACCCGUAUUUGUGUCCUUGAACCAGAAUGUCGGUGUCAGGAUUCUUGGGCAGGACAAAGUUGCUAUUUCUUUCCUGGCAAUGGGGAAACAAGCAAAAAUCAACGUGGGAACCAAAGUGGAGCCAUCCACUAAUCACCAUCCAUGGCCAAAGGAUGUGUCUGAAGAUGACCUCGUGCUGUUUGCAAGCAGAAUAAAGAUUCUCAAGGUGUUUGCUAAAUUGCAUGGCUAUUUAGAACUUUCUUCCAGUGAUCAGUGGACUAAAAUUCAGCUCCCUUCAUACAUUUCGAAACAGGCCUUGAAGUUGAUGGACCUUUGUAGAAAGUCUGCUGUUAGUGCUACUCUGGACAAAUUAAUCAUGUCAAUAAUAAACCUAUCAGCUUGA